AUGGCUUUUCUUUCGAGGCGGGGUAGGUUAGUGGCGCAAGCGUCUGGGUCCACUGGAAACGUUGUGAGGGCGUUUGCAGGCGAGUUGACGAAUGACGGGGACGCGGGAAAGGGCUCGGAGGGGUGGCCACGCGAGGUUUCAGCGAAUGGGAACGACGGAAGGGAUGUUGUUUUGACGAAUGAAAAGAACGGAAAAUGGGACACUGUCGACCAAUGA